AUGCCCAAACUUCACAUAGUGAACGCACAUAAUUUGUUUGAAGGAUUAGAACUGAACUUUGUCGGUGUCUUGCCAUUCUACUGGCUUGCUCUCGACACUUCGAGAUUGCUCGGUCUCACAUACUUCAACAACAUUUAUCAACAACCAAAAAGCUUUAAAGCGUCCGGGGACGACAAAAUAACAAGGCUUAAGAUCUUACACAAUUCAGAGCCUCAACAAGACAGAAUACUCGGUCGGCAUCGCAUCGGCACGACCUACUCGGGCGUGGGCGUGUGGCAGAAUGAUAGCGUAGAGAUCCUCGCUAAUGAUCAAGAUAAGCACACCACGCCGUUGUACGUGGACACGGAGCGGGUCAUUGGCAGCAAGUUCUCGGACCCGAUCGGUUUAUCUGACACCAAGCAAGCCGUUCCAGGUGCCGUCUGGCACCGUAACAAGCCGCCGAUCCCGAUGUAG